CUCUUACUCUAAACGACAACAGUUCUCGUUUACGUUGCAGUCUGAAGACAACAUUCGAUUUGAACUGUUCAAAUCAAUAACAAUUUAGUGCAAGUGUAUAAUUUUCAAUUAAAUUGUUCUAGAAGUCCUUCCUGCAGCAUCGACGUUUCAGUUUGACUUAUAUUACACCAACGCUGUGUUUUAAUUUGUGAUGUAGCUUUUAAUACUGCAUUAUUGUCGUCAACGCAAAACUGUAUUAAAAUGCAAAAUUGUAGCUUUAAAGCCGUUAGUAUUCCUUUCGAGCAGAUAGAUAAACUUGCCAUAUCGGGAGGAUAUUCUGCUUUUUUUCCAACGAAACCUCCGCCAGUACAAUUAUGGGGCGAAUGGAAAGAGCGAUACUGCUCCUUAGCUAAUACUUUCAAACCAGUCCUAGAUCGGGUGCAUAACUUUGAAGUGCGUGAUGACGAUGUGUACAUUGUUACCAGUACCAAAUGUGGCACUACUUGGGCUCAAGAAAUGACCUGGCUCAUAAUGAAUGAUUUUGACUUUGACUGCGCAAAAAGUAUCGACUUGACCAUUCGCUCACCAUUUAUUGAAUUUAACGGUGUAGUGCCAAAUGUACCAUAUGAUACCAUUGAUGCUGCCAAUCGAUUGAAAUCGCCCCGUUUACUUAAAUCACAUCUGCCUGCCAUGCUAUUGCCAAAAGCAAUAUGGACAAAAAAACCAAAGAUAAUUUACGUUUUUCGCAAUCCCAAAGACGCUGCAGUCUCAUAUUAUCAUCAUUGGCGGGGCAUGGUGGGCUACAAAGGCACUAAGGAGGACUUCGUGCAGUCAUAUAUAGACGGUCAUGUGAACUUCAAUCCUUUCUGGCCACAUGUAUUGGACUUUUGGUAUAUGCGCAACUCAUCUCAAAUAUUUUUCACCAGUUACGAGCGUAUGAAAUUUAAUUUGCCAUGUGUAAUCCAGGAUAUUUGUCGUUUUCUUAAUAAGACCAUCUCCGAUACUCAGCUGGAUCACAUGAUUGAUCAUUUGUCAUUCGAGAAGAUGAAGGAUAAUCCUGCCUGCAACCAUGUAAAGGAAUUCGAAAGCAUGAAGGCCGCAGCCGGACGAGAAGUUGAAGAAUUUAGAUUUGUUAGACGUGGUAUAGUAAAUAGCCACAAAGAUGAACUUCCAAAGGGCGUCAUAAACAAACUUGACGAAUGGACUUAUGAAUACUUACAGGACUUAAAUUUAAAUAUGGACGAUUUCACCAGCUAUUCUAAGUAUUAAUUUAAUUCAGCACAUUUACAUAAAUUAUUUUAUUAAUUAUAUACAUAUAAGUAGCCAAUUUAUAAUAAACGGAUGAGUAUACUUUCAAAUAGAAAUAUUAAAGGGUUGCAUUUUACGUAAA